AUGGGCAGGGAGAACUUCAAGUUGGCCUUCCUGUGCAGCUAUAAAGGAAGAUGCUGCUGCUGUCCGCCCCCCUUCCAGCCCCGCCCCCUGCGCGCACCUGUACACGGCUCUGUGCCCUGCCCCUUGGGAUGCGCCCUGCCCGGGCAGAUAUCUGCCUCCAUUACCUCUCCUGCCCAGAGAAAAAAUCCCCAGCAGCUCGCUCCUGCGCUCCUGCCUGCUUCACCUGACACGCUGGAGCUCUUGGCUUACCUCCACGACCCAGGGCUUGUGGCCCGGUUCCAGAGACGAUGCGGACUCUUCCUCGUGGAAGCCGCGCAUCACAGCCCGGGGAGGAGGCGCGCCCCUAUGGGAACCCCGCUCCGCGCCGACGAACCACGUGGACAGCGGAGGGGAAGAUGGGACCACCAAAACAACAACUCAAACUAUAAAUACAAAGAGAAUGCAUGUGCCGUUGGUGGAUGCAGCAGGCCUCAGUAUGAGGUGAGGAACUGGCUGCUGCACUUUCUCUUCCUGUUCUCGUCAGGCCUGGGUCAUGAAAUCUUCUACAUCACCUGUCUGCCCUGCAUACACUGGAACCUGGACCCGUUCCUGUGCCGACGCCUCGUCAACAUGUGGACUUUGGUGAUGUAUGUAGGCCAGGUGAUGAAGGAUGUGCUGAAGCUGCCUCGCCCUCUCUCGCCCCCUGUGGUUAAGCUGGAGACUCGCGUCGACGCAGAAUACGGUCUGCCCUCGACCCACGCCAUGGCUGCCACCGCCAUCUCCUUCACCUUUUUACUAAGUGCCCCGUUGAGGAUACAGUUCCAGUUCGAGGUGGGUCUGCUGAUAGCAGUGACAUUGUCAUCCUUGGUGUGUCUGAGCCGUCUCUACACUGGCAUGCACUCAGUUUUGGAUGUGAUCUGUGGCGCUUUAAUCUCAGCCGUCCUCAUGUUCCUCACCUAUCCUUAUUGGGAAACCUUUGACCACUUCCAGCUCACCAGCCAGAUCUCCCCCAUUGUGGCGUUGGUACUGACCCUCUUCCUCAGCUACACAUACCCAGAGCUGGACCAUUACAGCACCACGCGGGGAGAUACGAUCACCAUUCUAGGAGUAGGGGCUGGAUGCUCCGUGGGAUACUGGGCAAAUGAGCGGCUUGGGCAGACUUUUGAACCCCAAGGGGUGCUACCUGUACCUCUGCCAGCACUGACGGCUAAAAUACUGGCCCAAGGCUUCACACGCUUCCUGUUAGGAUUUGCAGCAUUAGUGGCAACUCGACAGAUAGUGAAAGCAGUGAGUCUGCAGGUGUUAUAUUCAUGGUACAGAGUGCCAAAAAGUGAUGAGAGUGCCAGGAGGAGGAGAGAAAUUGAAGUGCCAUAUAAGUUUGCCACAUAUGCACUUAUUGGACUUGUUAAUUCUAUAUUGGUCAGUAGAGUCUUCAUUCUACUGGGACUGCAAUGAUCUGUUAAUGUAAGACUGAUAUACGAUGAUCUGAACUUGCAAUGACAAAAAUGUACCUCAUAUUUAUUUCAAUGUGCAUCAAAUUAACUUUUUUCUGUGGUAACAUUUUCAGGUACGACGAGUUCUCAAUGGGAAUGAUUCACAGUAGUGUACUUGUGACUGACCUGUAACUGAGUUGAAAGGAAAUGAAAUGUUUUGCUCACGUAG